GCAGUUGGGGCCGAGCCAUACCUCUUGCUCCGCGGCGGCCGGGUGGAGGGAGGCGAGGUGGCCGCGGCAGCACGUGCCGGGUGCGGGAUUGGCCGUUGGAGGCUGUGGCGCAGCAUUUAAAAUUUCGAUUUGAAAAAGAAGCAGUUGUAAGCACCUUUUGAGAAGAAACUAUUUCAAUCACUUCACCAAAAUGGUAGUUUUUACCUGCAGUGCAUGUGGAGAAUCUGUGAAGAAAGGGCAAGUUGAAAAACAUGUAAACAUUUGCAGAAACUGCCAGUGCCUUUCUUGCAUGGAUUGUGGCAAAGAUUUCUGGGGUGAUGAUUAUAAGAGCCAUGUGAAAUGUAUAAGUGAAGAUCAGAAAUAUGGUGGCAAGGGUUAUGAAGCCAAAACUAACAAAGGAGAUGUUAAACAACAGGAGUGGAUCCAGAAGAUUCAUGAAGUAAUAAAGAAGCCAAACAUUAGCCCCAAAGUGAGAAACAUCUUGGAGCAAAUGCACACCUAUGACAAUAUUCCAAGAAAAAAGGUCAAAUUUCAGAAUUGGAUGGUGAACAGCUUUAAUGUUGACAAUAGUGCUCUGCAGGACCAGGUGUGGGAUAUCUUUUCUGAAGCAACCAGCAACGGGCCAAGCAAAAAAGAACUAGAGAAACCAUUGCAGAAAGUAGGAAGCCAGCCUGUAAAAAGUGAAGUAAACCCAUUGUCUACAGAAAAAAACGAAAUGACGGCUGAUAAACUUGAGAGGAAAAAGAGUAAAAGAGAGCGAAAAGAAGAAAGACAAAAGAACAAAAAGACAGAGAAAAAAGAAGUGAAAUUAGAAAGCCAACGAGAGAACUCGGAAAAUAAAAAAGACAAAAAGCCUAAGAAAGAAAAGGAAGGUACUGAGGAUGAAAAUGAGGAAACUUCCAAAAGUAAUAAUGCAGAAAGGAAGAAGAAGAAGAAAAAGCAUGAGAGGAAUAUUACAGCUCAGGUGGAAAUAAAUGGAAAUGGUAAUCAUAAUGAAGAAGAAAAACAAACACAUAUAAAGAAACAAAAACGUAAACAUGCAGAAGAAGAACCUUACACCAGAACAAAAAGAAUGAAAUAUAUAAAAACAUCUGCAGCCACAGAAACUGAAAAAAGUGAGGAUGCAGCCAUGGAAACUGAAGAAAUUGGGGAUGCAGAUAAAGAUAAAUUCAACUGGAAGGGAACUAUCAAAGCUGUUCUGAAGCAAGCCCCAAACAAUGAAAUUUCAAUAAAAAAACUAAGAAAAAAGGUUUUAGCCCAGUAUCAUGCAGUAGUUGGUGAACAUCAUAAAUCACAAGAGGAUCUUCUAGUCAUAUUUAAUAAGAAAGUGAACAAUAAUCCCAAAUUCAAGGUUUUAAAGGACAAAGUUAAACUCCUGAAAUAGAAAAUGAGUGUCUUCAUAAUGAUCAAGUUUUACAAUUGUAGACUGUCCAAAUUCUCCUAUCACGUAUGCAAACACAGCUUUCACUGACUUCAGUAGACGUUGAGUAUGUAUCACAGCAUAAUUUAGCUGUAAUUCUAUUCCUGGAUUCCCCACUCCUUUUCUUCCCUACACUUAUAUGUACAACUGAAAUUUGGGAAUGGUUGCAUAUGUUUUCAGAAAUUUUGAUUUUACAGAAAAUAUAUUUUUGGUAGAACUUUUAACGGACAAUGGAAAAUUUGUUGCCCAUUCUAUUAAAAUCCUUUUCAUGUUACUGAAUUUAUGCAGGUGUGAAUUUGCUUAUUAAGACCCAGGUUGUAUUGCACCUUUGCAGGAAGCAGUACAGCUGUAAACUUGAUGAUGUAUUAAUACAACACAUAAUGAAAAUAUUUUGUUAUAUGCGAAACAAAAAUGUUUUGGUCCAAAGCUAAUGGUAUAUGCUGCAGAUCAUACAUACUAAUAUUUUAGCAUCCUGUUUUGUCAUAAAAGGAAUAAUUGAGAUUUGUCUGUGUCAAGUCACUAUCCAUUUAACGUUUAAUUUCCUAAUGCACACUAAAUGAAAAUACAUACCUUUAUACACACAGAGUUAAAUCUGUUCAUAUUUCAUUACCAUAAAUAUUUGGUUAGAAGCCAAGUAAAG